CAGAUGUUCCUGACGGUGUACCUCAGUAAUAACGACCAGCACUUCAGCGAGGUGCCGAUCACGCCGGAGACGGUGUGUGCUGAUGUGCUGGAGCUGUGCCGAGGCCCCGGGGACAGCAGCUGCUAUCUGGCGGAGGUGUGGCGAGGCUCCGAGCGUGCUGUAGGGGAGAGUGAGAAGAUGAUGGAUCUGCUGAUACAGUGGGGACAGACGAGACCUGAGGUUCGGUUCUUCCUGCGUCAUGGCAGAGCAUCAUCAGACUCCAGGAGUCAGAAGAGGAGCGUGAAGAAACCCUCAGACAGACGCGCGGAGAACGGGGUGAGCGGCCCGCGGAUGGACAUGACGCUAGCGGAGCUGCAGGAGAUGGCGGCUAAACAACAGCGUCAGAUCGACACGCAGCAGCAGCUCCUGGCCUCAAAGGAGCAGCGUGUGGUUCUCCUGAGGCAGCAGGAGCUCAGGCACCAGCAGGCGAGGUCUGAGCAGCAGAAGCUCCAGCAUCUGAGGAGCGCGGUGGAGAAGCAGGAGGAGCAGCUGAAGGCGGUGCGAGCACUGAAGGGGCAGGUCGAGCAGAAGCGCAUCAGCAACGGCAAACUGGUGGAGCAGGUGGAGCAGAUGAACGGGCUCCUCCUCCAGAAGCAGAAGGAGCUGGUGAUGGCCGUGUCGAGAGUGGAGGAUCUCAGUAAACAGCUGGAGAGCCUGAAACUCGGGCCGAUGGACUCGCUCCACAGGGACCCGAGCUCCGGGGCCGAGCUGGACCGACUCUACAGGGACCUGCAGAUGAGGAAGAACAUGAACCUGGAGCAGAACACCAGACUACAGCAGCAGAGAGAGAACUUGAACAAGAGGAACCAUGAGGUGGCCAACAUGGACAAGCGAGUGAAUGAACUGCGAGACCGCCUGUGGAAGAAGAAGGCGGCGCUACAGCAGAAGGAAAACCUUCCUUGUCCUCCCGAUGGCCAGCCGGCUCCGCCGACAGGAGUGUCCCGUGUGGCGGCCGUCGGCCCCUACAUCCAGUCCUCCACGAUGCCCAGGGGCUCCAGUAAACAGGACCUGCUCAUCAAACACACUUACCCAGAAGGCACUGCAACGGUCCCGCAUCAGGAGACGAGCGCUCAUCCCGCAGCAGGUCUGCCCUCAGCUAAAGUGUCCUCGAAGGCGUCUAACUGGAGUUCGGCGAAGUCCUCCAUUAAUAACGGGUCCAGCAGUCUCCCACGCUCGGUGACCCAGGCAUCUAAUAACCCAGAUAAAGCAGAGGUGCCGAAGCGGGACCCCAGGGUGCGCCCCGCCUCCAUGUUCGAGUCCAUCGAAGCGCCCGCAGCUUCUCUACGCAAGAACCAGAGCAGCGAGGACCUCGCCAGAGACGCACAGAGCGCCGUCAAGAACACAGUCAAGGUUCCUCCUCCGGUUCCCAGUAAACCUAAACAGGCCAGCCUGCCCAAGACGGGCCUCAACGCCGGGACCUUCCCAGGCAAGAGUAAGCCCAGCCCGCAGCCGCCCACUGGUUCCCAGCAUGCUUUAGCACAGGGCAGUACUCUCCCCCUUCCCUCGAAGCCCGAGGCUCCUCCGGCCGCCACCGUACACCCCUUCACUCCCGACCCCCCCGGGGCCAAAGAGGUCCUGCUGAAGCCCCAGAUGCUGGCCACCAGCUCCAUCUACAGCAUGUACACACAGCAGAGCGUGACGGGAGCGCUGGGCCGAGCGCAGACCCGCAGCAGCAACUUCAUCAGCGUUUACGGGAAGCCAGUGACGUCCACAGGCCAGCCGUCUCAAAACCAGCUCCCUGAGAACCCGUACCUGGACCCGCCCAGUGUCCCCGAGGCCGAGAAGGACCACAGUCCUGCUCCCGAAACCCAGGAGCCCGAGCGCACUCCCAGACCCCUCAGUCCCACUAAGCUCCUGCCCUUCAUCUCGAACCCCUACCGCCACCAGAGCGACGUGGACCUGGAGGCUCUCCGCAAGAGACUCUACAACGCGCCGAGACCCCUGAAGAAGCGCAGCUCCAUCACGGAGCCCGAGGGCCCCGGCGGCCCCAACAUUCAGAAGCUCCUGUACCAGAAGACCACUCUGGCCGCGAUGGAGACCACAGCGAGUCCUGUGGGAGACGAGGAGAAGGAGACGACGGCAGGAGCUGCGGGAGCGUCACUCCAGGGGCCAAAACCGGCAGAAACCGAAGCAGAGAACGUCCCUCCUCCUCCUCCUCCGCCACCGCCUCCACACCCGGCUCCACAACCCCACGCUGAGAUCCCCCCUCCACCUCCGGCCCAAAAACCCCACGCUGCGAUCUCCCCUCCACCUCCUCAGCCGGCCAGCCCUCCUCCUCCGCCUCCUCCUCCUCCUGCUGAGAGCCCCAUUGAAGACUUCCCUCCGUAUCCUCCUCCUCCCUAUCCCAGCGGGGCCGAGCAGGAGCCUCCAGAAGACACCUUCAGCAUGAAGCCACCGGAGGUCACCGGACAGGUUCGCUUUCCACCCGGGAAGAGGACGAACCUGCGUAAGGCCGGAUCGGAGCGCAUCGAGCACAGCAUGAGAGUGCACUUCAAUCCUCUGGCUCUCUUACUGGACUCGUCUCUGGAGGGAGAGUUGGAUCUGGUGCAGCGCAUCAUACACGAGGUGGAGGACCCGAGUCAGCCGAACGACGAGGGCAUCACUGCGCUCCACAACGCUGUGUGCGCCGGUCACACCGAGAUCGUGAGGUUCCUGGUUCAGUACGGAGUCAGUGUGAACGCGGCGGACAGCGACGGAUGGACUCCCCUGCACUGCGCGGCCUCCUGUAAUAACGUGUCGGUGUGUAAGUUCCUGGUGGAGUCUGGGGCUGCUGUGUUCGCCAUGACCUACAGCGACAUGCAGACGGCAGCGGACAAGUGUGAGGAGAUGGAGGAGGGAUACACACAGUGCUCGCAGUUCCUCUACGGUGUGCAGGAGAAGAUGGGCAUCAUGAACCGAGGCGUGGUGUACGGCCUGUGGGACUACGAGAGCGAGGAAGAGGACGAGCUGUGCUUCAGAGAGGGCGACAGCAUGAGUGUGAGCCGCAGGGAGGACGAGGACGAGACCGAGUGGUGGUGGGUGCGCAUGGGCAACAGAGAGGGGUACGCACCCCGAAACCUGCUGGGGUUGUAUCCCAGAAUCAAACCUCGGCACAGGAGUCUGGCGUAAAUGAGCGAAGACUUCAUCAUCAUCAUCAUCAUCAUCAUCAUCAUCUGCGCUAGUGAACCUCUUCAUCACGCUUUUACUUCAGUCCUGUUGGAUGUUACUGUGAUACUCAUUCUUUCUGUCUCUUUGCACAAUAUGAUUGAAUAGAAUUAGCUGAUUAGAAUGAACUUUAUAUUUGUAUAUCAAGACGUUUUCCACUAAAAUGUAUUUUCACAGGUUAUUGUGGCCUGUAUUUUGUAUUCCGCGCUUUAUUGAAGGAUUUUUGGAGACAAGCCGAUCUUGGACAAUAUUUUGAUGUUUUUCUCAUAUGCACAAUGUUUAACAACUGAAAUGUAAAUGUAUUUGUUGAACUAUGCUGGAAAAGUGGAGUUAUUACUGUGAAUUUCUGCCUAGAUUAUGAAAGUUCAUUGAGACUGGAGAUGAACGUAAUAUUGUGACAGAUUUUAUUAUGCAUUCCUUUCUUCUGUUCAGCAAACAAACCGUUUUUUUUUUUACAUCUUUAGACUCUGUUAAUCGACAGACCAGCUGGAGGUGAAAUUUAAUGUGAUCAAAGAAUAAAAAGCCACUGAACAGUU